UUCAUUCUUUGAUUUCUUUCCUCGAUCUUAAACCUUCACUUCUAGACUUCCAUAGUUGUCAUCUUUCUCAACUAUGGUACUUAUUCAUGAUUUAAUUCUUCUUUCCUACACAAACCAAAUCAAGACACUAAUUAUUUCCAAAAAUGCUCAUUGUCCAAAGAUCACUCAAAACUAUUCCCCUCCCCCAAACACAAUGAUAACAUUGCAUCGUCUUGUGCGUAUGAUAAAAAAAAAAGGGAACGUCAGGCUGUCAUUUCAACUUCGGGUGAGGUGUCGAUCGCUGACUGAUAAUAAUAAUAAAAAAUCAUUUGGAUUUUAAUGAAUUAUCAAUUAGGAGAAAGGGAAUGUAAACCUAACACCAUAAACAAGUGAACAACACACCACCCAUGAAAAAAAAAGCAUCUAAUCACAAUACGGGGUUGCUAAGCAAAAGUCAUAAACCAAGAAGAUUAGAAAGGAAUAAAGAGAGGGUGGGGAAAUUAAGAGAAAAAGAAAAGAAAAGAGAGAAGGUUCCCAUCAUGAGACAAAUGGAUUGGGAAACUCAACCAUGUGCCUUCAUGUGGUAGUUAGCCCAUUAUGGGUCCCUCAAUCCACUUCUCCCAACUUCCUUGUGGAGACAAACAAAAAGGCUUGGCCCUAUUAUCACUAAUCCAUCCCACACAAAGUUUUAACUAAAGAUAAUAAUCCGAUUAGUAACUAAAAGGUUGAUCUAGUGGUAAUUUGUCUACCACUUGAAAUAUAUAGAGAUGAAUUAAAUUGGGUGCUUAUUUGAUCGACUUGUUCCUUUUCCAUUUGUUUUGCUGCCUUUUUAAAGCAAAACAUGUGGCCGCACAUACGUCGUCACCCACGCAUGUUCAUCACACACAAGAGACAAAACUCUAUGCGUGAAAUCGACGUUAUAUAUAUAUAUAUAUAUAUAUAUAUAUAUAUAUAUAUAUAUAUAUAUAUACACACUAACUUAAUAACCCAACCUUUCGUUACCACCAUUGAUUGAUAUAUAUUUUAGCAGCCUAUCGCCAUAACUAGCUAGCUAGCUAGAUGCAUGAUCAGCCUUUCACCAACUAGCUAGCUAGUGGUAGUGGAUCAAUAACCAAAUACUAUCAAUCGCGAGCUUCGGUUUGCGAUUUGAUUGCUACGCGUUAUGACAAAUUUUACUAUACACACAUAUAAUCACGGCUUAAUCUGCUUGAAAUUUAAUACCAUUGCAUAUAUAAUCAGCCUUUCACCAACUAGCUAGCUAGUGGUGGAUCAAUAACCAAAUACUAUCAAUCGCGAGUUUCGGUUUGCGAUUUGAUUGCUACGCGUUACGACAAAUUUUACUAUACACACAUGAUCACGGUUUAAUUUGCUUGAAAUUCAAUACCAUUGUUUUGGCAUGCAUCACCAUGUUUAAACCAAAUAUUAAACACGAGAUAGAUAUACAUAAUUUCCUGUAAAUUACACCUAACUCCAUCACUAAACCCACAUUUACUCCGUAAAAUUUCCUUCUCAUAUUCUUUCCAAUCUUCCAUACUUCCUUUUGAACCGAACAUGGCAGGCAAUGAAACAAAGAUGGGACCGUUCCUUCUUCGCUUUUCUCGUCCUUUUAUUUCUGUUUAUUAUUUGUGUCAGAAGAGAAAAUCCUAACCUCCCCCAAUUCCUUCUUUCUCAUUUGUCCCUCCUCUCUGUUGGUAUAAAGUUCUCCCUCGUUUUCCAUCUUGUGUCAGAGAGUUCGUUAUCCAUAUUCCUCACCAUUUCUCCCCCUCCAAACCCUAAACACCGUCUUCUCUCUUUCUCUCAACCAUGUCUGCAACAACACAACAGCUAGAGAGAAACUUCACCCACAGAUUCCUCACGUCCCUCCGCCGUAUGAACUCUCCGGACAGCAAAACCACUACCACUCACGCCGCCGGGCUUGUAAUACGUCGUCGUAGCUUGAGAAUCAAGCGGGCCGCCUACUCCUCCAUGGCCCGCGCCGCCGCGGGGAGCCACCGAGCGUGGACACGUGCCGUCCUCUCCCGGACCAGGAGCCAACGACGACGACAACAACAUGGUGUUCGUCCUAAUUAUAUUAUUCCUCCGUCUCAGCGGAGAAAGAGCGUCAAAAGAGCGGCGAAGUUGAAGAAGAAGACGAAGAAGAAGAGCGUGGUGAGGAGGUUGGGCCGGGCCGGGAAGCUGAGGGAGCUGGUUCCGGGGGGAAGCCGGAUGGAGAUGGGCCAGCUGCUGGAGGAGACGGCCCAUUACGUGCAGUGUCUCGCCGUCCAGGUUAGGGUGAUGCAGGCCGUCGCCGAUCACUUCUCCUCCUCGAUGUGAAAAACAAUUAAUUAAUUAUGAGAUUUUUACUAUGUAUAUACAGCGAUAUAAAGAUACACACACCCAACGUCAAAGUAUGUAGGUAAAAAAGAGGAGAGUAAAGAUCUUUAUGUUAUGCUGCUUAUACUUAUGGUUUAUUUACAGUUUUCAUCUUGCUUUUUUGUUUACGGCUUCUGUUUAAUCAAUUUAUGUACAUAUAUAUAUAUAUAUACACAGAGUUAUAUGAUCGUUUGUAUGUAUACAAUAUGAGAGUGGGGAGUUAAAUUUUUGUGAUGAACUGUGUGGCCUGUGCUAUCUAUAUCUCUGUCUGCAGCCAUGGCGGGUUGUGCUCUAGCUCCUUCUGUUCUUCUCUUAUUGUGGAAUCGAUCUCUUGGUCUUGAUGAUCACAGGAUAAUAUAUAUAUACAUAUACGCGGCUUUGUUUUAAGACUCAUCAACGGCGAAUAAUGGAGACAAUAAUAUCUGCAUUAUGUUGAUUAAACAUUUAAUAAUGGAGACUAAUAUUCUGUUUAAAUACGGAACAACCCACUCGUAGUUCAACAAUAUCAUGACAGCUGUGUGAUUUAGUUUAUGAAUUCUCAUAAUUUGAACAUUGUUUUGCGAUAUUGUGAUACUUAGAGGAUGGCGUUAUAACAGCCAACGAGUACUUAAUUAAAACCAUGGAAUGAACAUUACCUACAAUAAAACGAACUUUCAACUACUUGUGCUGUUGGUGGUGGGUGUGCUUGCUUUAGGGGUUGCCUCGGCUACACGUUUUGUAGGCAUUAAUUCUCGACUUUUAGACCUCAAUUAUCCCCUAAACCACCAGACUAAUUAAACUCUCCAGAAAAUUCAAUACAUUGCGGCAGCAAUAAGCAUCAUUUGGGAAUUGGAAUGGGAGAGGAAGAAGAAAAGUGUGGUCUCAUUUCAACUGGUUUUGUUUAUUAGUUUUGCUGGUGUUUGUUUCAUUUUGUCUGGUUUCUGUGCGUUGAGUUUGCUUAUCGAUGGUUCAACCUCCUUUUAUGUUAUGUUGAUUGUGUGAGGAAUAUUGUAUAGGCUCCUUUUAUUUGAGAAUAUUUAUGGGACAAAAUAUCACUAGAUCUCAGGUAUUGUCGUAAGCAGAAAAUUUCAGCACACUAAUUCAUGAUGGCCCAGUUUUUGGCUGUCGAAGAACCCAUUGGUUCUGGGCUAUUAUUCUUAACAGGCUCAUAGUUCUUCGGAUAUCCUCUAAUCCAUAAAAACAACAAAGGCCCACCGUUUCAUGUUCUCUAUGGACUAACGAGGCCCAGCAUUUACAUGCUUCUUGACAAGUCAAACGAACACACCAUUUUUUAUUUUUUGGUCCAUAAUAUUCCGGUCAACACCUUAAUUCAUUCAGAUAAAAGAAAAUAUCGCAUAAAUUUUAUUGGUGACUAGUAACAACGUUUUUUUUGCAUGGCUGAACGCCUUAGAUCAAGGUUGUCAAACCGGUUUAUGCUAUUAUACCGGUUUAGCAAUUGGAAUGGUUCAACCGGUGGUACAUAUCGGUUUGUACCGGUUCAUGUGGGUCAGUAUUACAAAUAAAAUUAUAAAUACUCAUAUUUAAA